AUGGAGAUGUCCCUGGAGUUGUCCAACAAUACCAGAAUCCAAGAAUUUGUCUUGCUGGGUUUGUCCGCCAAGCUGGGCAUAAGGGAUGCCCUGUUCCUUGUCUUCCUGACUCUCUACCUGCUGACCCUCCUGGAGAACACGCUCAUCAUCUACCUCAUCUGCAGCCACAGUGAGCUCCACAAGCCCAUGUACUUCUUCCUGGGCAACCUCAGCUGCUUGGAGAUGUGCUACGUGUCAGUGACCAUGCCCAGCCUGCUGGUGGGACUGUGGACUGGACCCUGCCAUGUGCCCUUCACAGCCUGCAUGACCCAAUUGUUCUUCUUCAUCUCUCUCAUCUGCACAGAGUGCACCCUCCUGGCCUCCAUGGCCUAUGACCGCUACGUGGCCAUCUGCCGCCCUCUGCACUACCCACUGCUCAUGCGGCCCCAGGUCUGCCUGGGCUUAUCCUUGUCCUCAUGGCUUGGUGGGCUGGUGGUCUCAGUGAUCAAAACAGCAUGCAUUGCUAGCCUGUCCUACUGUGGCCCCAAUGUUCUCAACCACUUCUUCUGUGAUGUCUCCCCUCUGCUCAACCUGUCCUGCACCCACGUGUCCCUGACAGAGCUGGUGGACUUCAUUUCUGCAAUUGUCAUCCUUUGGGGUUCCCUGCUCCUGGCCAUGGCCUCCUAUGUGGCCAUUGGUAGGGCCGUGCUCCGCAUGCCGUCAGCUUCUGCCCGCCACAAAGCUUUCUCCACCUGUGCCUCCCAUUUGCUGGUGGUCGGCAUCUUUUACUCAGCCACGAUCUUCAUCUAUGCCCGCCCCAGCCGCAUAGAAGCCAUGGACCUCAACAAGGUGCUGUCAGUCAUCUACACAGUGGUCACACCCAUGUGCAACCCUGUCAUCUACUGUCUGCGCAACAAGGAGGUCCAGGCAGCUUUCCAUAAAACCCUGCACUGGUCCUGA